AUGUAUGUUGACAGAGCCUCCGACAGCCGAGGCGUCAGGCCUAGAAUCGUACUCCUUUCUCCUACUGGCAUAUUGCACAAAAGCUCCCUCUCUGUCAACUUCCCCACCUCAAAUAACGAAGCCAAGUAUGAGGCCUUGAUCUCUGGACUCAAGACCGCCGAAGCUUUGGGCAUUGAAGAGCUUGUUGUAUAUAGCGACUACCAGUUAGUCAUUAAUCAGCUUACUGAAGAGUACAAGGCUAGAGACGAUCGAAUGCGCAAAUACCUUAGCUCCACCCUCCGGCUCCCCAAAAAUUUCAAAGCCAUUCAGGUCAAACACAUCUCAAAGGAACAGAAUGCAGACGCCGACGCCCUCACGGGACUUGCUUCGGCUUAUUCAAUCUCAGGACACCGAUCCAUCUCUUUCGGUUCCAUUGACAAACGUAGCUUCGAGCUUGACGUUUUGAACCACGAAGUGCUCAACAUCGAGCUCAGCCUGAGCUGGAUGGAUGAGAUUGCCAGUUACCUACGAGAUGACAUUCUUCCUUCUGACAAAAAGGAAGCUCACCGACUCCGCAAUGGGGCUGCUCUUUUCUGGCUUAAUCCCAAUGGUAAGCUUUAUCGAAGGUCCUUUACCAGCCCAUAUCUGCUGGUAGCUCACCCACACCAAGUACCAGGAAUCAUCGAAGAGCUCCAUGCUGGUGAUAGUGGUUGCCACUCAGGAGGACGUUCCCUCGUGUCCCUCAUGCACCGAGCCAUUACUCAGGGUUAUUGGUGGCCAACAAUGAAGAGCGAUUCCAAAGAGUUUGUUAAGCAUUGCCGAAAGUGCCAGAUGUUCUCCCCCAUCAUUCACCAACCAUCCCGAGACCUCAGCCCCCUCACCAUCCCAUGGCCAUUCUCGAAGUGGGGCAUGGAUAUCGUGGGCAAGCUCCCCGUUGCUCCUGGCAGGUUCAAGUUUCUCCUCACUGCCACCGAUUUUUUCUCCGAAUGGGUUGAGGCCGAGCCCAUGGUAACCAUUGAGGAAGCUGACGUUAUUCGUUUCGUCUGGAGAAAUAUCAUCGCACGCUUCGGUGUACCCUUCGCCAUCAUUACCGACAACCGAAGGCAGUUCAUCGGGCAGAAAUACCGAUCCCUCCUAGAAGAAUAUGGCAUCAAGUGGGAUACAUCCACUCAGGCAUACCCCCAAGGAAAUGGCCAAGCCGAAGCCGCCAACAAGGCUAUCUCCUCUGGACUUAAGUGCCGACUCUAG